GCUUUUGGCUAAAAUAAAUCUGCCAACCCUGUUGUACGGGCGCCUUGAUUUCUGUCAGCCCCACCACCCUGACCCACAACACGGACACCCUUUUAACCUUUCAAAAUUCCCGUAUUUUUAUUGCAAUCCUAUAUAAAUUGUUACAAUAGGGACCCCCCAAAUCGGUCCUGACUACAAUUUAGAACCGCGACUUCCGUGUUGGAUCGUAGAACGGUGAAAUGCAUUGUGGGUUACAGGAGGGAAGAGAAGAAAGUUCAAAGCCAAUAUGAGAUCCAAAAGUCACAUGAUUGAUGUCACAUGACUAGAGAAGAGGUCACAUGUGCCGGAGCGCACAGCUGACAAAUAAGCGAGUGCGCGGAGGGGGUUCGGGGUGCAUGGCGGAGGGAUACCCGGCAUGGCGCAUCCAUUCGGGGAAGAGGAGGAGGCCUCCCUCAGGAGUCUGCACGGCUUCUUCUGCUGGUGCUUACAGAGGGGAAACUGGGAGCUGGCCCGGGCUUGUCUCCCCCAACUCUACCUGGGAGCCCAAGCUGGGGAAGUGCAGGAGAUUCUGACGGCUCUGGUCGCGGCGCCGCACCUGCUCAGUUGCGAUGAAAAUCACAGCCCUGAAAAGCUCUCCUGGUUUUGGCUCAGUGCCUUGGAGACAUGGCAGGGGUGGGGUAAGAAACACCCAACCCCAUUUCUCAAAGGUAAAACAGAAUUUCUGCUGCUUUUGGAGGAACUGCAGGAUGAUGCCUCAGAACCAGUACUCAAGGAGCUCUAUGAAGCAUUUCUAUACAGUCACCAAGAAUCAGAAAACAGAAGGGAAAUCUCUGGUCCAAGGCUCAGCCCGAAAACUAUUUCCUCUUUACGUACUUUCCUCGGUCACAAUCCGAGACUUGUACAAGCUUUGAUAGGUUUUUUACUCAUUGAUAAUUCUCAUCCUUCUGCACUGGAAUAUAACCAUCUCCUACUCAACAUCUCUGUGGAUUAUCUUUUAGAUUUAAUAAAAUCUUUGCAGGAAAUGAAACAUGGUUCACAAGAGCAUUUAGAAAAAGUAGCUGAACAGAUUUAUGGUGUCUUGGGCACCAUGCACUUCAAUGGGGAGCUACAAGCCAGUGAACUUAGGCACUUGUGCCAAGAGCUCUUCAGAGCCUGUUGGAGCCAUGGAAGCAUUCUAAGAGAAGAGCAAAUCCAGCAGUGCAUGCUCAGGAAGCAGAACUAUGCUCUGGUCAGUUUGUACGGAAUUGUGGCAAGUGAGAAUAUGAAAGCACUUAUAACUGCACAGAGGAGUCCGGGAAAAGGAGCAGCCUGCGAGCUUUCUGAUUCAGAGAGAGCCAUCCUUGCGUUAUUUUGUGACCCAGAGCAAGUGAACCCAUGGAAGACUGCUUAUUUUUACUGCCUUUCCACUGGAAAACACUUUCUGGAGCAAAUCCUGCUUACUGCCUUGGCUCUGCUAAAAAGAGAGGAUUUCACAACAUUAAGCAUGCUGCUAAGAAAUGAGUUUAAGCCACUCCGACGUCUCCUUGUGCUACUGGGCUGGACCCAUUGUCAGAGUAUAGAGUCUGCAAAAAUGCUGUUAUGCACACUGCACCAUAAUAAGGAUCUGUGCAAUGAUCUAGUGUUAAAAGAAUUCUGUGAAGGACUCAUGUAUCAAGUUGAAGCAUUGGAAUGGUGCAUACAGCACAACAGCCAGGUUAUUCCUAAAAAGGAGAUUCUUCAACACUUGUACAAUCUGGACCGCCAUUCUGCACUUUAUAUACUUCAUCAUCUAACCCGACUCCCAGAACUUAAUGAGGAAGAGGUUCUAGAGCUCCUGCAGAGAGGGCCAGCCUCAGCAGGGGAAGAUUCCUCCAACCAGCUAGACAGCCAUCAUUUGAUUUCACAGCGCAACACUGUUGUGUUCCAGGCCUUCUGUGCCAUAAAGUAUUCAAUGUAUGCUUUGUGUGUUAAUGCUCAUCGGCAUACACAGUGCAGAGAUUGCCUUCCUCACCUGCUCAGUGGAUCCUCUGAGGAUACAGAAUUUCCAAGUGUGCCAGAAAAAGAGACCUUAACUUUUCAAGAUCUUUCAGCUUUUUUUGUACAGUAUUUUACCAAGUGCCAGUAUUAUUUACAAUUACUGCCUGCCCCUUUUCGCCUUGAAGUUAUGGAGAACAUUUUCUCCUUAUUGUUUGCAUCAAUAAGUGACUUAAAUAAAGAACCUUCACAGUCUGAGGACUAUCCCGCUGAAGAUGAAGAAGAAGUCAAAGUAAAUUUGAGAACUGAAGGACUUGAAUUGGACAGUAGCCUUGAUAAAGGAGAGUGUUUAGCAGUAUCAUCACCAAUCCAAACCACCCUUAAUAAGGAUUGUUCCUUUCUCGGUGCUGAUUUGUCAGGGAUCUCUAACGGCUCACUCACUUCCACUGUAGAGAAUGCUCAAAGAACACACUCCAUUCUUCCAAGGCCUAACUACCUUGACCUGAAACACUUUACCAAAGGAUUGUCGGGGUUCUUAGCUGAUGAAGUGGUCCUUGAUCAGUUUCUGAAAAUGCUAAAGGAUCACGUGGAUGAACCUAAAGACUGUUCUCCAUGGAGUGAGCAUAACAAGGAGAUUAAACUACUGGAGUGCAUGAACCUUUCCGUGACCAAGGAAACAUUCAGCAGUAGAGUGCUUCAGCUGUCUAAAUAUAUAUCAGAUACCCAGUGGAGAUACAGAGUAGUAAUGAGCAAUAGAAAUGCAGAGGAGGAGCUUAUUACCUCAAGACGGCCUUAUCGGACUUAUAAAGCCUCUGGUUUUAGAAGACGAAGCAGGAAGAACAACAGAGGGAGCAAAAAGCAGAUGGAGAGCACAAGUAGCGAGUUGAGCACAUCAGAAAGCUGCGCAAGCAACCUGUCUGCGAUAGGCGAGGCUGAUCCCAGAAUUCAGUCACGACAGCGUAACCUUUUGAUUCCCAUGAUGCUGUCCCCUCCUGAAUCUCUCUUGAUGUCUUGUAUUCUAAGAGGAAACUACCCUGAAGCCCAUCAGGUUGCACUGAUGUUUAACCUCCAAUCAACCUCAAGCUAUGGGGAACUGAUAUUCAUGGAGCGUUACCAAGAUGUUGUGAGGGAAUUAUCCAGCGUGGAGCAAAGGAUUGAAAACCAGAGCUCGGAGAGUGGCACCAGGAAGCUGAGCAAUAGUCGCUCUACCCUGCAGGCCAUUGGGAGUGCUGCUGCAGCAGGUAUGGUGUUUUAUUCCAUUUCUGAUGUGACAGACAAGCUGCUUGCUCCUGCUGAAGGGCCAAUACCCACGCUGCAUGAUGACUUCUGGGUAAAAGGUGCUCGCUUGGAAAAGUGCGACCCCUGGAGGCAUGUGUUAGACGAGCUAAAUCCUUCAGCAAUGGCAGCUUUUGACUUAGCCUGCACUCAAGCCCAUCUCUGGAAGACAUGCAGGCAGCUACUGGAAACCACAGAGAGGCGGCUGAACUGCACCCUGGAAACAAAAGGUCGGAAACCAGACUGUAUCCUGGAUCAUCCUGAGGGAAUUCGAGGGCUUCCGGCUGUCCUUCAGCAGCUGAGUAAAAUCAUGAACUAUGCUAGUUCUUCUCUUGGCCAGACUGAAUUAGAAGAGAGAAUAAACAGUCAGUUCAAGUGUAACAUCACAGAGCUCUUUCAUACGUGCUACCCAGUGCUGAAUGAUGAGUGCAUCGUGCGUGACAUUACCUUGGGCUAUGAGCUUGAACAGAUUCUUACUCUGCUAAAAGCUGCAAUCAGUUCUCAUGAACCAAAAGGAAAUCCGGUUCAGUCAUUAAUGGAUCAGUUGUCCAUGAAACCCCAAGAUGUGCAAGUUCAUCCCGUACGCCAGCAGAUGGACCUUCUCUUGACAAAUCUGGAUGAAAUCGCAAAGUCUCUGAAUGGUCACGGCCCAAAACCUGAUAAUGUUAAGAAGUUUUUCACCUACCUAGACACAAUGGCCAAGGUUAUAAUCCAGAGUAUAAAUACAGAGCUGGAUCCUUCCCUUGAAGUGAAAGUUGGGAAUCCUUUUGUUCUGUUACACCAAAAACCUUCUCAGAUGAUUUCCCAUAUGCUCUUUGAAAGACAGGUUCCACCAGAGAGGUUGUCGUCACUUUUGGAUAAAGAAAACCUUGGCGUGAGUGUUGAGCAGGUCAUAGCUGAUUACUGCUGUGAGCCAAUGUCGUUUUGUAAUGUGAGAAAGCACAAGCAUGCUCAGUGUGUAAUGCGCAGUAUUGGCCAGAUAACUUGGCACUGCGUUGAGCUCACCUUGCCCGACAUGGAAAUCAAUAUUCCCAGCUGUGGGCAUGACGAAGAAGAUAAAAUCGGUGCCAGUAGUCCUGCAUCUCCUGCCCCUGACCAUAACCAGCGCUAUCUCACAGCUUCAGCUCUGAAUUUCUUGAAGUCUAAGUCAAGGAUAGCAGCUGCUGUGGCCUGUUUAAGUGCUGCUAAGUCCCAAAAGCCUACCAAGUCUGGUCUUUCAUGGAUGGAAUUAAUAGGAAGUAAGAAAGAAAGUCCUUUAGAUAUGGAAAACAUUGCCAAAGAAUGUGAUUCUCUGCUUUUGGAGUUCCCAGUUCUGCAAAGGUUUAUCUCUGCUAUGUCCGCCCCUUUUCAAGACUGUCCAUCUGAGGGUAAUGGCUUUGCUAGUACUCUGUGUGGGAAGCCAUGUUCAGCUUUGGCUUUACUGGGACUUCAUUCCCCCACUGCAAACGCUGUGGUAACAGAAGCCUUUCAAGAAGCAGUUUCUGCAAAAGAAUGGUCACGUCCAUUGCAGAUUUUGGAUUUGUACAGCUAUGACCUGAAAGAUCUUGUAGGGAUCAGAGAUGCCAUCCUUUCCUGUGCAGCUGCUGAAGAAAAGGAUGGCCAUAGAUAUCUCUUUGCUGUAAAAGACCCUAGUCUGAGAAGCAAGCUGGCCCUCCGUUUCCUGCACAAGUGGCCUCUGGACGCCUGCAUAGAGAUACUAUCUUACUGUAUGUGCGAACCAGAUAUUGAUGAAGAUCUGAAACUGGAGCUGCAGAACAAAAGGAGUGAAAUGGCCGUGUAUCAAAAGAUUUUAAGUCUGAAAGAAGAUUCAUCUUGGGUAACAUGGCAGGAACUUAAGAAGGACUGCAAGGAAGAUCCACACACCGUUCUCAGUAUUAUGCUGGAUGCCAAGGAUUACACACUGUGUGAAGAGUGGGGGCACUUUUAUCCAGUUCCUGUGGAACUUCUCAUUAGUCUUCACUGUGAGCAUCUGCUACAUCUGCUGGGGAACCAAGACACUGAAAAAGCAAUACAGCUGUUACAAAGGAUAGAAGACCAGUCUCUGAGAUGUGCUAUCAGUGAGCAAGCUCUGCUUCAACAGUCCAGCAUAUUUGCCUGCCAUUUCUUCUCUGAGUACCUGCUUCAUAACUUCCAUAACAGCAUGUCUGAGGCGAAGCGCUUGGAAAUACGAGAUGUAUACAUGGGCUCAAAGAUUCUGCUGGCACUUCCAGAGGGCGCCCAUUCCAGUUACAAACAUCUCGUGUCCAGCCCCCUCCUCCUUCUAGAGCAACUUCUGAUGAACAUGAAAAUAGACUGGGCUGCUGUUGCCGUGCAGACAAUAAAGCAGUUCCUGGAUGAGCUUGAAUCCAGCUUUUCCACCGAGGAUGUGGACAAAUUACUUUGCACGUAUGCAGGCAAAGCUCUGGAUAUCCCGUUUUCCUUCAGAGAGAGGAGAUCAGAUUCUGUGAUCCGAAACUCAGAGAGUUGUGGUCAGUUAGCAGAACCAGAGAGUACAUCAGUACCCUCAACACCGGAGCCAUUGACUCCCUCUGUAGCUGAUCGGGUUGUAGACUGGUCUCGAUUCCAGACACCACCGAGCUCUCAAGAGAAAAGGAGGAUUAAAUCUUCUCCAGAGUUUGUCCCACCAGAAAAACCUCCAGCCAAGACUCAGUGGAUCCCUGAUGAAAGAGAAGUCACGUGUAUGGUGUGCAAAAAUGAGAGAUUCACCAUGUUUAAUCGCAGACAUCACUGUAGACGUUGUGGAAGGCUGGUGUGUAGCUCGUGCUCCAUGAAAAGGAUGGUAGUAGAAGGUUGUCGAGAAAACCCUGCUAGAGUCUGUGACCAGUGCCACGCCUACUUCUCUGCAAACAUCAAUAAAAUGGAUGAAGACUCGGACUACACGGAAGCUGAAAGGCCAGGGGGAAGCCUAGACUUAGCCGAAAUCCUAAAGUUAUCCAAGGCAGCGGAACUACAGUGGUGCCUCACUGUUAACGAGCAAGAGAAUGAAGUGGAAAGAAGUGAAUUUUACUAUGAACAGGCGCCAAGUGCAUCUUUAUGCUCUGCCAUUCUAAAUCUGCAUUCUAAGAGCGAGGAAUGUGGCUACCAGUUAAUUGAGCGCUGCUGCAUGUUGUCCAAGGACUUGACCAACCCAGAGAUGGACAGCAGACUCCUCCUAGACAUCAUGAAGAACUUACUCUUUAGUGCAAAGAUGAUAUUUGUGAAAGCAGCAAGGAGCCAGGACCUUGCACUCUGUGACAGCUAUAGCAGCAAAGUGGACUUGCUGAAAAUUUUGGUUGCAGCUUCUUACCAGGAAAUUCCCUCGCUUGAUGAAAUUGUAAGGCCUGCUGCAGUUAUAAGGUUGCGAAACCAGCUUCUGGAAGUGGAGUACUACAAUCUUGCCAUUGAGGUCUCUACAAAGACAGGACUUGAUCCUGCAGGUGUCUGGCAGGCAUGGGGAAUGGCUUGCCUUAAGUCUGACAAUUUACCUGGAGCAAGGGAGAAAUUCAGCAGAUGCUUAAAAGCCCCUUUGGAUCCCAACCAAAAGAACCCAAGACCUACUCUCCUAGAUGAUGUGGUGCAGUACCUGGAAUCUGCUGCCCAACCCAUUCUUCUUGUGAAUGAUGAUGACUACUUUGCAACACUAAAAGAACUCAAAGCUACCUUGAAACCCCACUGCAUCUGGUUUGAAAUGAUGUCUGAGGAAAAACACCAAAAUAACAAGUAUUAUCAGGAGUGUUUGCAUUACCUGCACACCUACGGCACACACCUCUCCAUCAUUCAGUUCUACAUGCGCCGAGACCGUAUGCGGGAAGCUUUGUUGCACCUCCUAAAUAAGGAAUGCCCCAGAGAUAUUUUCAUAGAGGGGAUUUUUGUGCCAAGCUAUGAAAGUGGCAAGUUACAGAUGUUGGAAAACCUUCUUGAAUCUCUUGAUACUACGCUGGAAAGCUGGAGCACCUAUCUGAUUGAAGCCUGCAAACACCUCCAGCAAAAGAACUUCUAUAACAUCCUGUAUGAACUUCAGCAGUUUAUGAAGGAUCACAUCCGUGCUGCUAUGACCUGCAUACGGUUUUUCUCAUACAAGGCAAAGAGCUACAGGGAACUUGGGGACAAUAUGAACUGGCUGAUAAAAUCCAAAGAGCAUCUGAAGACUUGCUUGCAAGAAAUUCCUCGGGGAACCAACAAGAGAAAAUAUCAUGACACAUUUCGGAAGAAAAUGUCUAAUUCUGAUAUUUCCAGGCACAUAAACACAGUGGAGCUCCAGAUGGCCAUCACCAAGUUCUUGCAAAGAUGUGAAAGCUCAGGGACCUCUCAAACCAUUAAGAAGCCGCCUCCCACCCUGUUUGGAGACAGUGGCAUGAUCAUAGAUGUUGCCUGCAGAGUCAUUUUAGGAGGAAAAAAUGUGGAAGAAGGUUUUGGUCUUGCUUUUCGAGUCAUCCAGGAUUUUCAGUUGGAUGCAGCCAAAGUGUAUGGCAAGGUGUGCAAACAGCUGGUUGGACAGGAGCAUUAUGCCGAGAUUCUGCAACUUGUCAAGUGCGUCAGUGAAUCCGGCAUUGCUGCUGAGAACGAUUGCGACCAGAUUUUACUGCGCUGCAUUGAGGAAAUGGCAGACAUGUCUCCUGAUGAGUUGGAAAAGCUGAUCCAAGGAAUGAGAAGUGAUGAGAACAAGAUUAAGGCUUUCCUGACCUGCCGAAUGAUGCGCUCUGCGUAUUUAACUGCUGUGAAACAAGAACAUGAGAGAGCCAUCCAGCUUGUCCAGGAGGUGUGGCAGGCAACCCGCCAAAUCAAUGACACAGUUGUGCAGGGGAUUUGCCACAAGUGGCUUCUGGAGCACCCACCAAAAUCAAAGGAGACCCAUAAGCAUAGCUCAAGGAAGUGAAAACUUGCUUUGUGCACUUGAACGUUAGAGUUAAACCAUCUAUUAUCCCACUGCUACUAUAGGCACCAUCUCUCCCUACUAUACCUGCUAUCCCACAGCCCCAGUCCCUUCCCA